AUGGGGAAAACACAAAGCAAGCCCAAAAGCCUAAACAAAGAAUUUACUCAGCUUAUCAUGAGAGGAGACAUUCCAAAAAUUGUUGAAUUAGUAGACAAGAAUCCAUAUUUUACACAGAAGCCAUUGAAUGAUAAUCUAUGGAAUGCUCUAAUGCUUGCCUGCCAAAGUAAUCAGCUAGAAGUAGUAAAAUUGCUAGUAGAUGGCUACAGAGUUGAGCUGGAUGAGACAAAUACGGAUGGCUGCACUGCUCUUCAUAUUUGUGCCUUUCAAAACUCAAGGGAAUCUAAUUGGAUUGCUGAUUAUUUAUGCAGAAAAGGAGCAGACGUCAGCAAAAAGACUGAUUCUGGGGUGACAGCGAAAGGAAUUGCAAUCGUUAAUCAAAACAAAGAGCUUGUAACACUCUUGGCUUAUCAAGAAGUGCAUGGACCUUGGGCUACAAUGCCUUGGCAUGAUAGGAAAAAACUAUUAUGAGUAUGAAAAAGGACUAAUUUUUAUAGAGCUCUCUCUCCAAAUCUUAUCAAAGAAAUCUGUCUAUUUUUGUAA